AAUUUUCUAAUGAAAAUUAUUUUACUCUAGUAAAAAAAAAAAAACAAUAGUGUUUGACUAUAAGAAUUAUUUUACUUUUGGUAAAAAUAAUUUUUUUACAAAAUUUCAAAAAUAAUUUUAAUUUAUUUAUAUUCAUGAUCAAGCACAACGUCAAUUAUAAUUUUCAACUCUAAAAAAUUGUUAUUUUUAUGAUCAAACAAAAGUAUCAUAUAAUAAUCGAGAAAAAUUAUUUAGUAUUUUAAUGACAUCAAAAUAUAUCAUAAUAAAAGUUACAUUGAAUAUAUUAUUGUUAUUGUAAGUAAUAAUAUCUUAAACUCAACGUGGCAAUUGGUCUUUGAAUUAAAAGAGAAGUUUAUAUAGUCCAAAAUAGUUCACAGACUUGUACUAUCUACAGGGUCUGUGUUUUGGUUUUUAGAAAAAUAUUAUUCACAAGAAUUCCAACAAUCUCUACAUUGCAUCUGUCACCCAUUUCCACAAACUCUCUAAGUACUUGCCUUUCUCUUUCUUAGCUUCAACUUCUAUUGGUUAUACUUUUUAUGUUAAAAAUCAUUAUGUAUUUUAUUGGAUAAAUCAUAAAAAGAAGUAACUUAUGUAGAUAUCUUUACUUGUUUAGAUUACAAUAUUGUUGAAAGAUCAGAUUUUUAACUUUCUUGAAAAUGUUGUUUCUGUCUAUGUUGCUCGGACUCUCCAAAAAUGUUGUUUCUGUCUAUGUUGUUCGGACUCUCCAAAGAUCAUAAAAUGUUGUUUCUGUCUAUGUUGCUCGGAUCCUCCAAAAAUACACUAUGGUUGGAGGAUCCAUACGCAGUCAUCAAUAUUUUUGAGGAGUCCGAGCAAUAGAGGUUUCUGUUCUUUAGUGCAGCAGCUGGAUCUUUAAUGCUAUUUUCUUGGAUGAAUCUUGAAAUAUCAUAAACACAAUCCAUGAUUGUGUGCAGCCUAGGUAGUUUCAAUUUAGUUUGUGAGUUGGAAUUUGUAAAGGAUUUGUCUUUUUGAUGAUUUUAAAGUCAUAAAAGUACAAGGUCAACAGUGGAGGAAAGGAAACUAGAGGUCUUGAAUUUGAUACUUGUUGACUAGAAACAAAUAUGGAUUUGAAUCUGGAUCUGGAUCGUGGGCAAGUCACACUGAUAGGAUCCACUAUAUGUCUUAUGCUGUCUUUGCAUUUCAGCAUACAGCUAGUGACAGAACAUUUUACGUCAUGGAAGAAACCUAAAGAGCAAAAGGCCAUAAUUAUUAUCGUCCUCAUGGCACCCUUGUAUGCUAUUGUCUCCUUCAUUGGGUUGAUCGAUUUCAUGGGAAGCAAACCCUUUUUCACUUUCUUGGAAUCUGUCAAAGAAUGUUAUGAAGCAGUUGUGAUGGCUAAGUUCCUGGGGUUGAUGUACACUUACUUGAACAUAUCCAUAAGCAAAAACAUAGUCCCUGAUGAAAUUAAGGGAAGGCAGAUUCACCACUCAUUCCCAAUGACACUCUUCCAGCCUCACACUGCUCAUUUGAACCAUCAUACGUUGAAGCUUCUCAAGAACUGGACGUGGCAGUUUGUUGUGCUUCGCCCUGUAUGCUCCAUCUUAAUGAUUGUUUUACAGAUGCUUGGAGUGUACCCUAGUUGGGUUAGCUGGAUCUUUACCAUCAUUUUAAACAUAUCCGUUUCACUGGCUUUGUACUCUCUUGUGGUUUUCUAUCACGUGUUUGCAAAAGAGUUGGCACCUCACAAGCCUCUAGCCAAGUUCCUGUGUGUCAAAGGAAUUGUCUUUUUCGUUUUCUGGCAGGGUAUUCUGCUUAACAUUCUGGUAGCUCUAGGCAUAAUCAAAUCUCACCAUUUCUGGCUUGAAGUCGAGCGCAUUCAGGAAGCUAUUCAGAAUGUAAUGGUGAUUGUGGAGAUGGUUUUCUUCGCUAUCUUAAUGCGCCAUGCAUACAGUGCAGCGCCAUAUCGCCAAGAAGCUGUUACAAGUUCAGGAGAUAAAAAGAAAGAGUGAUUAUGCAACAUGUAUCAUUGCGAAAAAUUAUCUUCAAAAAUCAAUCACUUCUUCCUAUUACUUGUAUGUUAAUGUUGGACUUGCUUGUUAUGUAUACUAGUUUCUUAUUAAAUAAUUAUGUAUCCUUAAUGGCAGGGGCGGAGCUACCCUUUGCCGAGGGGUUUCAUCCAAACCCCCUUCGGCGAAAAAUUAUGCUAUAUAUGCAUGGUUAAAAUUAUUUUUUAUGUAUA